GUUGAUACUGCUUCAAGAGAUCAUAUAUACAUAGACAUCAUCGGUUUCAUGUGGGCCAUUACCAACAGCAUAAAAAGAGCCACUCCUGGUGUGCAAACGUUGAGUACACGUUAUUUUUCGUCUUUAUCAAAACCAUCGACCCCAUUACUAGCAACUAGAAUAAAUAAUCAGCUUGUCCAAAGAAGUAUAAGUCCACUUACAGAAUGUCCACCAGUCACUAUUAAUCCCUUGCUGUUCAUGGUUGGAUUAGUGCAGAAAAGAUUUAGACAAAGAACGUAUCAACCAUCUACAUUAAGAAGAAAAAGAAAGUUUGGAUUCUUAGCAAGAUUGAGAACGAAAGGUGGUAGAAAAGUCUUAGCAAGAAGAAAGGCAAAGGGCAGAUGGUAUCUUUCCCAUUAGGCUGCUUUUUAUAAUUAUUUAAACUAAAUGAAUCUUGUAAAUAUGCA